AUGUUAAACUGUGCUGCAACAUACUUAAUUGAAUCACGGGUAAAAGAUAUGAUUGAUUGUUUGACCUGUCUUCCAGCUGCCGUCCCUUCACGCUUGUAUAUUCGUAUUCCAUUGCGGGAAUUAAAAAUUGGUACGAAAACAUACAGCCUCCCGAUUGCUAGCCCAUUUAAUGAUAUAGCACUUGUUCAAGACUUCCUGAUAGGAAGCAUUAUCUUCACUCUUCUAGCAGUUGUUGGGUCAUGCUUCUUGUUAAGUGACCAGCAGCGUUUUGACGAGUUCAAAUGUCAUCUAGCAACUGCUUGCCUAAUGCUCGCUAGUGACAUUCUGAUUAUUCCGAUAAGGUUGAGGAAGUGGGCUGGUGUGAACAUGUGGACUUUCCAAGUUUAUGUGUGUACUGAUAUUGCUAAAGCCACCGGCGUUGUCCUUCUAUCUAUUGUCUAUCCCAUCUUCCAAUUGAUAUUUCCCCAACGUCUUGAGCAAUUCGAAGAUAGAGAAAUGGACACUCUCCCUGAAGAUGAUAUUGAAAAGGGCUUGCUUCAUGAAGACAAAGAUUGGAAAGGAGUCUCAACGUUCUCGCUGUACUCUGCUAUAGCAAGUUCACUUAUUUCAGCAUCAUUGAUUGCAUUAUCUGCCCGCUCCAUAGUUCAAUCGUUUGAUGACUUGACAUUAUGGGAAACCCGUAUCUCAAAGUCCUUCUUCGGUUUUAUCUUGAUGCCGAUAUGUGGUAAUGCAGCAAAGGUUAUCGGCUCAUUUGGAGGAAAAGUAGAUCAUACUAUCAGUUCAGCAUACGGAUCGAGUAUACAGUGUGUUCUUCUCUUACUUCCAUUUACUAUAUUGGUAGAUCGGAUGACGGGGAAAGAUCAAAUAGAUUCGGAUUUCCGCGACGAAUAUCGCCUCCAUCUCCUUUUCGUUGCUGUACUCGCAUUUUAUUCUCUCGUUUUUGAUGGCAAGUGUGGUCGUUUCAAAGGUGUCCUAUUGAUGAUGUUUUACGCCAUCAUCGCCUGGGCAGUAUGGAGCUACCAGCAAAUCUGA